AGAAGAAGAAGAAUUGCUACAACUUCAAUUAGUUUCUCCCUCAAUGAGCUCCUUCAUGAACACAAAUCUCUCGGUCACCAAAUCUAAGUUCAAGGGCGUCAUCCCUCAAAAUAACAACCGCUGGGGCGCACAAAUAUAUGUAAAUCACACCCGUAUCUGGCUCGGUACAUUCGACACAGAACACCAGGCUGCGGCCGCCUAUGACAGCGCUGCACUAAAACUCAACCUCGACGUCAACAUCCAUCGAAAUUUCCCAUUAACGGAGAUCACCGUGCACGAGCCUGCCUUUCAAAAUUACGUCAGCACGGAGACCGUGCUGAAAAUGAUUAAGGACGGACUAUACGAGCGGAAAUUUGCUGAGUUUCUCAGUUUAGUUAAUGUGAGAAAUAUUGAGGAUAGGAAGUUUCUGCUUUUGUUUGAAAAGGAGUUGACAAUGAGUGAUGUUGGGAGGUUGAGUAGGCUUGUAGUGCCUAAGAAAUUUGCGAAGUACUUCGGGGAGUCUAAAGAUUUGUUGGAGUUCAAGGAUAUUGAAGGUAAUUUGUGGAGGUUUAAGUAUAGUUAUUGGCCGAGUAGUCAGAGUUUUGUGUUUACAUCAGGGUGGAAUUUGUUUGUGAAGGAAAAGAAGGUUAAAGCUAAGGAUAGAGUUUUGUUUUAUUGGCAUGAAGAGGGAGAUAAAAGGGAGUUCAUUAUUGAUGUGGGUGUUAACCGAGAGGCGGUCGAGGAGGAGGAGAUGGUGGUGGUGGAGCAAUCGACGGCUAAAAAGCUGAAGUUGUUUGGUUCAUGGAUUGCAUAG